AUGGCAUUCUAUCUUGAGGAACCCUCUUAUACUUUUUACCCUACUCCCGAUAACAACUUAAUGGGAUACACCUUCGAUGCUCCUUUCAUUCCAUUUCCCACAGAAGACAGCUUCGACAGCUUUCUAUACCCCUUUUCCUCACAAUCUCUUCAACUACCAGUUUCUUCGAUGGUUACCAGGCCAACCUUCACCAUUGACGAUGAUUCCAACUUUGGUAUCAAUUACACAUCACAACCUACUUCCUCGGCCAUGUCGCCCAUCCCUAGCGAGAAGUCCGACAUUGAAUCUCCAAGCAGUGAAGCUACUUCACCCCGUACAUCUCUUAACGAGCUUGAUAUGGACAAUGGAGGGCCUACGGAUCUCCACAAGAUGGGAUAUGUCGAUGUCGCCGGGAAUUGGCGCUGUCGGUACACAGGCUGCAGCUCUUCGCGUGUUUUCCUGAGGGCAUGCGACCUGAGGAAGCACUUCCGCGGCCAUGCAAAGUACUUUUUCUGCACUGAGAAGCGCUGCCAAAGAACGGGUGUUGGAUUUGCGACGCGGAAGGAUUUCCAGCGACAUAUGGGUUCUCACAAGCCAACGGUGCGGUGCCUCCAUCCCGACUGCGAUCGUAUCUUCAGCCGAAAGGAUAAUAUGAGAGAACACUACAAGAAGAUUCACCAGCGGCUAAGGAAUAACCUGUUUCCUAGGCGAUGUCGGCGAACCAAGAAGAACGACUCUCAGCAAGCCGUCUCGCAAGCACCUACCUGCUCAAGCUAG